AGCUAUGCCCUGCAGAUAUUUGAGAGAGACACAUUCACCACUGCCUUCAUGAAGAACCUGAUCAUGGUGCUGGUGUGGUUCAGCCUCAGCUACAUCAACAGCAUCGUGGUGGCCACUUUCUUCAUGAACCGUGUGUUCUACGGGAACCCGCGCUACAUCCUCUUCAUCCAUAUGGUCAUCAACGAUGCCAUCCAGCUCACUGUCACCAUCACCCUGUUCGUGCUAAGCUACAUAUUCUAUACCAUUAACGUGUCAUUCUGCUGCUUCUUCAUCCUUGUGGCUGUCUUUACCACCAGGACCUCCCCAGUCAACCUCGCUGGCAUGGCCAUUGAGCGCUACAUCUCCAUCUGCAACCCCCUCCGCCACGCUCAGAUCUGCACGGCACGCCGCACCUACACCCUUAUCGGCUUCAUCUGGUUCAUCUGUGUGGUGCCCGACAUCACCGACCUUUUUGUGACCUUGGCCACUGAGUCUUUGAGCUUCUUCCACACACGCGUGUUCUGUCUGAGGCAGAACGUCUUCAAGGACCCCAUUCUGACCUACAAGAGGCAAGCCUUCGACACCAUCUACUUCUCCUGUGUCUUCUUCACCCUGGUCUACACCUACCUCCGGAUCCUGUUCGUUGCCAGGGUUCUGUCCUCAGAGAAGCAGUCUGCCCAGCGGGCCAGGAACACCAUCCUGCUCCACGGAGGGCAGCUCCUCAUGUGCAUGAUGUCCUACACCUCCCCCACCGUGGAGACUGUCUUGCGUUUCCUCUUACCCAGACACAUCCUGGAGAUUCGCUUCGCAAAUUACCUUAUCGUCUAUAUCCUCCCCAGGUUCCUCAGCCCCAUCAUCUAUGGUGUCCGGGACAAGGAGUUCCGGAAGUAUCUGAAAAGGUAUUUUGUUAGUAACCGGUACGACACGGCAGUGGUAGGCCUGAUCACCAAUGACGAUGAGACAGCCUAUAGGGAGGAGGUCAGAGACCUGUCAGUGUGGUGUCAGGACAACAACCUCUCCCUCAUCAUGAGCAAGACAAAGGAGCUGAUCGUGGACUACAGGAAAAGGAGAGCCAAAAACGUCUCCAUUCACAUUGAUGUGGCUGUAGUGGAGUUGGUUGAGAGCUUCAAGUUCCUUGGUGUCCACAUCACUUAG